AUGCAUGAUCUUAGCGGAAAAGUAGCCCUUGUCAUCGGCUUAGGUCAAUCAUCACCUCGAGGAUGGGGUAUUGGUUGUACGAUUGCAGUGCUCCUCGCUCGGCAGGGGGCUAUCAUUGUCGGUGGCAACAGGACUGUUGCGUCUGCUCACAUCACCAAAGAUCGCAUUGAAGCAGAGGGUGGUAAAUGCGAGAUCUAUGCCACGGAUGCGACGUCAUCAGCCUCGGUCGAAAAGCUGGUGAGCACAUGCAUGCAUCGUCACCGCAGGAUAGACAUUCUCAUCAACAAUGUGGGCAAGUCGGCGCUGGGCGAUCCUGCCACCAUGUCAGAGGACGUUUGGAACUCCCAGAUUGACCUAAAUCUGAAGUCAGGCGAUGGCAGGGUUGUCAGCAUAUCCAGCAUCGCUGGUCUCAGGUAUAUCGGCAAGCCUCAGAUUGGGUACUCUGCGACCAAGGCCGCUAUAGUACAGACCAUGAAAGCGACUGCGGUCAUGUACGCCAGUCGAGGUGUGCGACUCAACACGGUGGUGCCAGGGCUCAUGUAUACACCCUACACCGAGGAGCUGGCUGAGCGAUAUGGUGCUAGCGAACCAGAGACCAAGAAGGCAUACAUGAAGACCAGGAAGUCUCAGGUUCCGAUGGAGAAGAUGGGAGAUGCGUGGGAUGUGGCCCAUGCUGUGUUGUUCCUGGUAUCUGAUGAAGCCAAGUACAUUACCGGGACAGAGCUCCUGGUUGACGGAGGAAUUACUGCCUCGACAGGCCGUGCAUGA